UAUCUGAAAAGUGUAAUAUUUUCACCUAUAUAAUGCAUGCAUAGCUGGCGUGCAUAUUCUGGUCAUGAAUUCUUGAGCUAAGUUAGCUCGGAAAUGUAACACAUGAAAAUGGUACAGCAGUGUACCUUACAUCUCCAAGUAUUACCAAAACACUCUGACAGACAUUUCUGGUGACAAUGAGUAAUGUAAUUGCCAGACCACAGCAAGGCUGGAUUAGCUGAAGUCUGUACCACCUAAAACUGCUUGGAAGUUGUUCAGCACCACAGGAAUCAUAAAUGAUCACUACAAGACAGUUUGUGCGGUGGGUGCCCUGCCAGACACCCAGAAAAUAAUGACACACUCCCACACUGGACUAGAUUAGCUGAAGUCCGUACCACAUAAACCGCUUUUGUGUUUUGUUCAGCACCCCAGAGAUUAUAAUGCCCAUUGAGUAAAUAAUUUAUGCACAAAUAUUUGUAAACUAAUUUUCCAGGUCCCAUAAUCAUAGACGAUACCAUUCAUCGGCAAUAAAAGUAGUGGUUCAACUCAGUGACCACUGACAUACCACUCAUGGGUGUUUAAAAUGUUAUACAAUCAACAUUGAUUAGGAAGAACCCAUAUGGGGUCUGGAAAAUUAGUUAACAAACAUUUGUACAUAAUUAUUUACUCAUACAAAAAUACACAAUGAUUUGUAAAUAUACGAAACCUGCACAGAGGAACCCAAGACAAUACCCCAAAUUCUCAAUAUGGCUGACCCCAGCUGAUAAAGCCUAAUAUUUUGGAGGUGGAGGAAAGGCCUGGCCGUCGAGUCUGGGAGAUUCCCACCACACACACUGCCUAACAAUGGGCAUUAUGAUCCCUAGGGUGCAGAACAAUUUCCAAGCAGUCUUGGGUGGUACGGACUUCAGAUAAUCUAGUCUAGUUGCGGGCCGUGACAUUUGAGCGUGUCUGUCAGAGGUACCCCAUCGCAGAAACUGUCUGGCAGUGGUCAUUCAUGAUUUCUGUGGUGGUGCUGAACAACUUCCAACCAGUUUUAGGUGGUACAGACUUCAGCUAAUCUAGCCUAGUUGUGGGGCGUGGCAUUUUGGUCGUGUCUGUCAGGGGUAAUUCAUGAUCCCUGUAGUGGUGCUGAACAACUUCAGAUGGUACGGUGCAAUUUUAGGUGGUACGGACUUAGGCUAAUCUAGUCUAGUUGCGGGGCGUGGCAAAUCUAGCCUAGUUGGGACUUGGUAUACUUGGCGUGUCUGCCAGGGGUAACCCACUACACAAACUGUCUUGCAUUGGUCAUUCUUGAUUCAUGUGGUGGUGCUGAACAACUUCCAAGCAUUUUCAUGUGGUACACUUUUGUGCUAAACUAGCUCAAGAAUUGAUGUUCAGAAUCACAGCCCUCACAGCCACACCCACCACCAGAUACCGGACAGACAUAUAUUCAGAUGAUACCAGUUUUGCAUGCAUUGAUACCAUAUUAGUUAAAAUUGGUACACGUUUCAGCUAGGUUGCUGCCCCCGCCCCCCAUCGCAAUGUAUGAAACUAAUUUGUGUCUUUAUUUCCAGCAAAUGUCAAGAGAAAGGAGCACACACAUUUUUGAAGGUUGCAUGGUUUAUGAAUGGCAAAGAUUAGCAACCUUUGCCAAUUGGUCCUUUUACAACCAUGGUAGACCUAUAACAUUAGCUGAGUUUGGCUUCUACUACACGGGAAAUCGGGAUAUAGUGAGAUGCUAUAGUUGUGGUGUUGAAAAGGGGCAGUGGUCAGUUAAAUCCAACCCAAUGCUAGAGCACAGGCAGCUGAAUCCUUGGUGCCUACAUCUUAAUGGUGAAGAUAUGAGAAAUGUGCCUGUGUAUAGUGCUACGCAGAACCAAAGUGCAUUUCCAAUAUACAGACAGCGAAAUCCAUCACCACUCCUUCAUGACCAAUGUACAUCAGACGUAUUUUAUCCAGGAGGGAUGCAGUUGCACCCCACAGCAGAAAACUUACACGUAACAGAAAACAGACAACCUACACCGGACAACCACGUCUUCCGCCCAGAAUUCAUGGAUGCAAGACAAUGUACCUCAUCAAUGUAUCCCAUAGCAGAAAACUUACACGUAACAGAAAACAGACAAGCUACACUGGACAGCCACGUCUUCCGCCCGGAAUUCAUGGAUGCAAGACAAUGUACCUUAUCAAUAUAUCCCACAGCAGAAAACUUACACGUAACAGAAAACAGACAACCUACACCGGCCAACCACGUCUACCACCCGGAAUUCAUGGAUGCAAGACAAUGUACCUCAUCAAGAAGAGUCUGGAAUUGCAGGGAUGAAUAUAAUAUACGUAGCGGAGAUGAUAGACGAAAUACACACCGUGAUCAGAAUUCAGUCGUUGAAGAAUAUGAUGAAGGCAGAGUUGUAUCAAACAGGAGGAAUUAUGUAAUGUGUUGUAUCUGCAAAGAUAGGCCACCAGAGGUUCAAUUUUUACCAUGUAGUCAUCUCAUAUGUUGUGGCGUAUGCGCGGAAACUGUACGAUUAUGUCCGAAUUGUAGAAGUGUUAUCCGAGAAACUAUCCCUGUUGUUGACGUCUAAAAAAGGUUCACUCCCAUUUCGACUACAAAUUUUAUUACCCUCAAAAUCCUGACCCCCAACUAAUCAGCAAUGAACUGCUCCGCCGAUUAAAAGAUGUAAUUAAGGUAAUGAUGAUUGCUAAAAAAAAGCUUAUUCAUGAUAUAUUAUAGCUUGUUUUCUUUAACAUCAAAGAAAAAAUAUCAACUUGGAGUACAUUUUUGUUUUGAAUAUUUGUAAUAUCUGGAGAUUACAUUGAGUUUAAUACUUGCUUAUCUAUAUAAGAUGAAUUGUUUCAAAUUUUGUACAUUUAUUCUUCAAGUUCACUAUCAUUCAGUGAUUUCAACUGGACAAAUUAUAUAAGUAAAUAUUGUUGAUAAUAAUAUAUAUGACCUUUAUGUAAAACAG